AUGCAGAUAGCAAUAGUAAAUCAAGAUGACACCAAUUUUCCCGAUACUCUUCAACUUGGACUGUAUCUCACCAUUGCGAGUGCAACAUUAACAUCGAAGUCGUUUCGCAAGGACUUUAUCAAACUACUUCGAAAUUUCUGGAAUAAGUUUGCGAUGGGUCGAACACAAAUUAUUCCAAUCAAUGAUCAAACUUAUUCGACAACCAACGUUGGUACGCUGACACGAGAUAAACAACAGAAAACUACGUCCAAUAAUUAA